AGGAGGAGGCUGAAGAGAAAAAGUGACACGUGGAUUAUUCCUCCCAGGGCAUCAGGAGCAACACACUCCCUCCUCUAGCUUUUAGUUCCGCGACUUGGUAAUAGACUCAAACAUCGAAAGCUUGUGAAUGUGACCGCGUCAUUACUACCACCCCCUCCUUCCACCUCUACACGUUUUUUUUUUCUUGUUUUCCCCCCUCACUGACAUAUCGAAAAUAGGGUGAAAGUGAACAGCGGGAGCCUUUGACGGGAGUCUGCCGUCACCUCGCGUUGAAUGGCAGUUAUUCAAAAACAUGGCAAGAGCUCUAGUCCGGAUUUGGUCUGUCACAAGGAGAACGUCCCGCCUGACAAGAUCGGAGCACCUGGAUGUCACAAGAAGCGGCCCGAGGCGCACUCCAACUGGCCGAGACCAGUGGCGAGGAUAUGGACAGUGGUGCUGCUGUUGGGGACAUGUCUUCUGUACUGCGCCCGUGUGGCGAUGCCCAUCUGUGCCGUUAGCAUGGCGGAGAAGUUCAACUGGACCAAGAGAGAGUCCGGCAUGGUGCUAGGCAGCUUCUUCUGGGGAUACUGCUUCACCCAGGUGUUUGGCGGUUACGUCAGUGACCGUGUUGGAGGUGAGAAGGUCCUCCUGCUGUCAGCAGCAGCCUGGGGGUCCAUGACAGCUUUCACUCCGAUCCUCGCCCACCUUUGCUCCCAGCCAAUCUUCUCCAUGACACUGGCCCGCUUCCUCAUGGGCCUGUUACAAGGAGUUCAUUACCCUUCGCUGGCAAGCCUGUGCUCACAGAAGGUGGUUGAGAGUGAGCGAGGCUUCCUCAUGAGCACUGUGGGGAGUGGCUCCUACCUGGGCACGCUUGUGAUUGGAGGUGUUGGUUCUCUCAUGCUGGACCUGUAUGGCUGGGAGAGUGUUUUUUAUGUGUCUGGUCUCCUGUCCGUCCUCUGGGCCUAUUGCAUGUGGAAAUACUUGCUUAAAGGAGAAGGUCCUAUAAUUACACUUGAGUCCCUAGGUAAUGGUGGGACCCAGUCGAAACUUAAUAAAAGGCAUUGGGCACGUCUCCUCAAGCAACCUGCAGUCUGUGCUGUGAUAGUAACGCACCUUUGCACAGCAAGCACUUUCUUCACCCUUCUAUCCUGGCUGCCAACCUUCUUCAAGGACACCUUCCCUGAUGCCAAGGGUUGGGUGUUCAAUGUCAUUCCUUGGCUGGUGGCCAUACCAUCAUCUCUGUUUAGUGGCUGUCUAUCUGACCAUCUUAUUUGUCAAGGUUUCGACACCGCCUCAGUAAGGAAGUUAAUGCAGUUUUUCUCGAUGGGUGUGUCCAGCGUGUUCACGGUCCUGCUCUGUGGUAAUACCACGUUCUCCUGGGCUGUAGCUUUUGUGUCGGCCACCAUGGGUCUCACUACGUUCAGUCACAGCGGGGUUUCCUUAAAUGUUCAAGAUCUCGCUCCUUCUUGUGCCGGAGCUCUAUUUGGAAUCAUGAAUACAUGUGGGGCAUUCUCAGGAGUCCUGAUGGUGUACUUCUCGGGGUAUCUCAUUGAGGCCACAGGCUCGUGGGCAUCAAUGUUUGCCCUCAUCACCACAGUCAACCUGAUGGGCCUCUUCACCUUCCUGGCAUUUGCCGAGGCUCGCAGAGUCGAUAUCGACUCCAGCAGGGUCCGCCACCAUAGCAUCCACAUCUAAAUCGUUGAUGGAACGAGUGUGUCUGCGAAAAUGUUACUGUGGUUAAUCUAUAGGCAGAUUAUCCACAUUGGAUUAUUAUCCAAUAGAUGAUGAGCGGCAUCUUGCACAGUUGAGAUGGAAGAAAUGGUUGUUUAGCUCUGCAUUUACUGGAAGGCUACUGCAGAGCAUUGUUACUGAGAAACUCUAGGUGGGAUUCAGAAGGAGGGGAGCUCUGUCCGUUCAGAGAAAAUGGAAGAGAGUAUACUUGCACUACAUCCAGGUUUCAGCUGGUGAAGUGGUUAAAUAUUUGAGAGGAAACUGUUUACAUUUGCAAUGUAUUACAGCCCACAACGGAAGUGGAAAAGCUGCAGAGAUUGUUUGUGAAAGCUGUCGCUAAGUGCUGGGUACUGCAGAGGGAACUCAGUGGUGGCGCUAUUAGCUUGAGGUGCUCUCUAGCUGUAACAGACAAAGCUGGACAGCUUCUUACCUUGUAGGUGACCCCAGGAGAGUCCAAACUCUUCUACCUGGAGCAUUUUACUCGUAAGCCCAAUCAACUUAUCACUGAGAUAAAUAUCCGAGUGACAUCUCAUUAAGCGCCUGCUAAUGACUCUGGCGGACACCCUUAAUGUUGUGUCCAAUUUACCUUCAGCGGACCUUGUGUUUGCAGUUACAGACCUAUCAGUUUUCAAUGGGGGUCAGAAAGCUUUAGGGCUUAGCUUUAGCUAAGUGCUUUCUCUCUGAUAGAUGUAUUAAAUACAAUAAUGCAAUUUGUGAGACCAAAGGUUAAUAGUAAAUUAUUAUUUUUUUCUAUGUUAUAGCAUCUAAUAAAAUGUCUCAUUAAAUUAUUUUUGACCAA